AUGCCUUCAAACUCAAAAAUUCUCUUCUGGGUACUUGUCAUCUUGUUCAUUUUCACCACCCUUUUCACCUCAUUCACUUUCUCAACCCCUUUAGUCAACAAAGAUUUCACCUUUCUUGGUGAUGCACAUCUCAAGAAUGCCUCCCUUAUUCUCACACAAGAAGCACCCUCAUGUUCUUCUUCAAUGUCCAGUCCUUAUGCUUCUGGUGUUGGGAGAGCUUUCUACAAGUACCCAAUAAGGUUUCUUGAUUUUUCCACCAAUAAUGUUGCUUCUUUUACGUGUAAGUUUUCAUUUAGAAUUGACCCUUCUGCUCCUUAUUGUGCAUUUGGUGAUGGCCUUGCAUUCUUGAUCACAUCUAAUGUUGAUUCUGUCAGUCUUUCUGAUGGUUAUAUGGGUCUUCCUCAGUCUAAUGCUCUAGAUUCUUUUCUUGCUGUUGAGUUUGAUACUAGCUUUAAUGCUAAUCUUGGUGAUAUUAAUGAGAAUCAUGUUAGUGUUGAUUUCAAUUCUCUUCUUUCGGUUGCUACUGUUGAUUCUUUGGCUAGAGGGAUUGAUUUUAGGAGUGGGAGGAAAAUGAGUGUGUGGAUUGAGUAUAGUCAUUCGGAGAAAGUGAUUCGUGUUUGGGUUGGUUAUUAUGGGUUCUUGAGGCCUUUAAGUCCUUUACUUGUUGGUAAUGUUGAUAUUUCUAAGAAUUUUAAGGAGUUCAUGCAUGUUGGGUUUUCUGCUUCAAAUGGCAGAGGUUCUGCAUUUCAUGUUGUCGAUGAGUGGCGGUUUAGGACUUCAGAUUUGGAGUCUUCGAUGGUGGUUGAUAGAUUUACGGAUGAGUUGGAGGAGUGUUUGAUCUGCUUCCCUGGGGAAGAUAGUAGUACUAGUAUGAAUGUUGAUGACUCGGAUCAUCUUGGUCAGAAACAUAAAUCGCCACUACAGGUAGCCCUUGUUGUGGGUGGCUUGGUGCUCUCUGUCAUUUCUGUCAUUGGAUUUCUUCGUCUGUUCUUCAUGUUCUUGCAACAGAGGAAAAGAGACGUUGCUAUAAAAUGCAGUGAAAGGCGAGUAAGCAAAAUUCAGGCCAAUAAAGUACCAAAAAGGUUGUCGCUGACUGAAGUUAGAUCAGCUACCAAAGGAUUUAGCCGGAAGAGAAUUAUUGGUGCAGGAGCAUCAGCAGUUGUCUAUGAGGGGUUACUCCCUUCUCUUGGUAGUGUCGCGGUCAAGAGGUUCAAUGAGGUAAAAAGAACUAGUGCUCUGUAUAAUCGGUUUACUAAUGAAUUCGGGACAAUGGUGGGGUGUAUGAGGCAUAAGAACUUGGUUCAGCUUUUGGGAUGGUGCUGUGAGAGGAAUGAACUAGUGUUAGUUUAUGAGUACAUGCCUAAUGGGAGCCUUGACAGGACUUUACACUCUCGCUCUCGAGCCACAAAACUCCUCACUUGGGAGCGCAGGAUAUAUGUAGUUCUUGGGAUCGCUUCUGCACUUGCAUAUCUACACGAGGAGUGUGAGAAACAGAUAAUUCAUAGAGAUUUAAAGACUUCUAAUAUCAUGCUUGAUGCUGAGUUCAAUCCCAAGCUUGGAGAUUUUGGCUUAGCAGAAGUCAAUGAGCAGAGUUCUAAAGCAAGAGAAGUGACUCUGCCAGCUGGAACCAUGGGAUAUCUUGCUCCCGAGUAUGUUUACUCUGGUGUUCCGUCUCUUCAAACAGACGUGUACAGCUUUGGCGUGGUUGCUCUGGAGGUAGCAACAGGGAGGAGGCCUGUCAAUGACGAUGGGACUGUGUUGACUGAUUCAAUGUGGGAUAUGUGGGAGAAAAGGAAUUUAAUGGCUGCUGCUGAUCCUACACUCACGGGGAACUUUAACAGGGUGGAGAUGGAAAGGAUCAUCUUGGUUGGGCUCUCUUGUGUGCAUCCGAAUUAUGAGAGGCGACCUUCAAUGGGGGAAGUAGUGCGAAUGCUAAGAGGGGAGGCACCAUUGCGUAAACUUCCUACUACCAAGCCAACUGUGAGGAUUCGGGCUUUGAGUGAGAAUUCUGAAGAUAUGAUACAGUUUAACGAAGGGUUGGAUGGCACGCCGUGGUCUACCCCCAGAACUCAUUUAAGUAAGACCUAG